GGUUUUGUUUAUUUAUUAUUUAUUAAUAUUUCAACAAUUACAGUAAAAGUUUUGAUUAUACUAUCUUGAAAUUUCCCUGAUUAUUUUUUCUAAUCUUUUAUCGAGUGAAUUAAAUUCCAACUGAUUUAGUCAAUUGUGUUGACAUUUUUGCUGAUAGUCGUGGUUUUGAUUAACCGUCAAUGGACAAUUUGUUUCUGGAGAUUCUGUGUUUGUUUGUUCCCAAAUAUUUCGAGUAAUCUAUAAUUAUUUGAUAUAUUAGUCUUAUAUUAAUAUUUCACGUAUUUUUUUUAAACUGAAUUUGGUUAUUGUGAAGAUUUGAUUUAUUAAUUGCUAGAUUUCCAAUGAAUCAAACAACAAAAUUUGAUCCAUUAUUUGUUACAUCAACCUACGCAGUGAAAAGCACCAAACCUUUGAACAGCUUAUCCACAAUAACCUUCUGUGUAAAGACCAGUGUAUUGACUCAAGGAACAUAUAAUAGAUCCUAAUACCCUCGAGGUUAAGGAAAAAAUACCAACAAAUGUUGAAAACAAUUUAACUCAAUUUGAAUUAUUGUGGUUCUCUUAAAAAAUAAUGUGAUGUAGAAAAUUGGUAAUCCAUUGACUUUCAGCUGUGAAGUUCGGAGAUAAAAUGAUUCUGGCUCAUCGUCAUCGUUCAUGUUCUUACCCAAAUGGACUUUACCUAAACAUAAUCAUAAUACCUUUCCCUGUUUACAAGAUGAUAUUCAAUUGCGCUUGAUCACUUGGAAGGAGCAAAAAUAAACUUACAAGGAUUUUACUCCCAGCUCAAUUACUACUUAAACAUGGCUAGUUUCAUCAUUAACUCAAGUAAAUAAAUCCUCAACACAACAUUAACACACAACCAAAUUUGAAAAGUUAAUCAAAGAACAAAUUAAAUUGAAUUUGAAACAAGUUUAAAUCAAGUUACUGUACAAUGUCAAGUAAGCCAACGUUCAACUGUAUUCAUUGGUUUCGCCAUGGACUUCGACUAAGCGAUAUGCCUUCACUUUAUCAAGCUGCAAAGGUUUGCCAAAAAAUUUAUCCGAUAUUUAUAUUUGAUGGAUUCACUGCUGGCCUAAAACAGGCUGGAUUCAAUCGAACUCGUUACUUGCUUGACUGCUUAGCUGAUUUAGAUACACAAUUUAAAUCAUUUGGAGGCCGUUUGAUUUGUUUCCACGGGAAUUGUGUUCAAAUCUUGGAAAGUUUGAUCAAAAAAUGGUCAAUAACUCAUAUCAGCUUUGAACAAGAUCCUGAGCCUAUUUGGAAGGAAAGAGAUGAUUUGGUUAAACAAUUGGCUAAUUCAUUGGGAGUUGAGAUCAUUGAAAAAAUUUCUCAUACACUUUGGGAUCCGGAGAAAGUGAUUGACAUGAAUGGAGGCGAAGCUCCGUCCAAUUAUGAAAUGUUUUGUCACACUGUAAACGUAAUUGGUCAACCAGAUCGACCUUUGCCUAAACCAGAUUUCACUCAACUUAAAACUAUAUUUCCUUUGGAUGAUUAUUGCGAAGAUACUGCUGGAGUUCCUUCAUCACCAUUGGUUUUGGGAGUAAAGAUGGAAUCUGAGAAGCAAAUUAAUCAAGUCUGGUUUGGUGGUGAAACAAUCUCAAUGGAGUUAUUGGCUGAUCGUCUUAGUUUGGAGAAAAGUGCUUUUAAAGUUGGUGAUUAUCUUCCAACCCAAUCAACUCCUGACAUAACUAUUACAGAUAAAUCAUUGAGUCCUGCUUUAAGACAUGGGUGUCUAUCAGUGCGAAAAUUUUAUUGGGAUUUACAUGAUUUGUAUGAAUCCAUCUUUGGUAAUUCCGUUAAACCUCGGAUUGUUGGACAGUUGAUUUGGCGUGAAUUUUUCUAUACCAUGUCAGUAAAUAAUCCAUGUUAUGGACAAAUGGCUAAUAAUCCAGUCUGUCUUCAGAUCAAAUGGAAACAAGACUCAGCAGCACUCGAGGCUUGGUCAACUGGUAAAACUGGUUAUCCAUUUAUUGACGCCGCGAUGCGACAGUUAAUCUUUGAAGGUUGGAUUCAUCAUGCUGUACGAAAUGCUGUUGCUUGUUUCUUGACUCGAGGUGAUCUUUGGCUAUCAUGGGAACAUGGUCUUAAAGUAUUCUUGAAAUAUUUGAUUGAUGCUGACUGGUCUGUUUGUGCUGGUAACUGGAUGUGGGUAUCAUCUUCAGCCUUUGACACUAUCCUUCAAUCAGAUGCCUGUAUUUCACCCAUCAUGUAUGGCCGAUGGCUUGAACCUACCGGUAAUUAUAUUCGUAAAUAUGUUCCCGAACUAACCAAAAUGCCAACAAAAUACAUUUUCAAUCCAUCAUCAGCACCUAUUGAAGUUCAAAAAGAAGCAAAUUGUAUUAUUGGAGUUGACUAUCCUGAGCCAAUAAUCAAUCACGAUGUUGCCUUUAAAACUAAUCAAAAGUUAAUGGAAUCAGUGAAAAAUGUCUUUCUCGACCAUAGAUAUCAAUCUAUGAGUAAUUUCAAGCAUAUACCAAAUCAUGUUGCCCCAAGUAAUAUCGAAGAAACCAAAGCAUUCCUAUGUUUACCAGAAGACUUUUUCAACAACUUAGUUAUCUAGUUUUAUGGCUGAAACACUAUGGAAUCUGAAAGACAAUCAAAAAAUCAAAACCUUGUACCCAAAGGACUCAAAGCUUUCACACCAUUGUUUUGAAAUCUCCUCACUCCCAGACUUAAAUCAAAACAAAAACUUCUAGAAAUCAGUUGAACAAAAGGCAUCACCACGAUCAGGCUAAGUUAAUUACACAUCUUCCCUGUUCAAUCCUUUCCUCAACCUAUCCUUAAUCAAUGUUUUAAUCUGAUUAAUAACAUAGAUUGGUAGACAAUCGUUCACCAAUCAGUUUUAAGUGUUCCAUCGCAAAUAUGAUUAUUCUUGUUGAAAAUUUCCAUAUAUCAUACAAUUCCCUUAUUCCCAUAAUCAUUACUUGUAUCUCUUAUCCAAUACUUAACGUGGAUCAUUUGUUAACUGUCUUUGAUAUUGUUUUUAUAUGGUCAGAUUAUUUAAUUUUAAGUUUUUUGUUUUUAUGUUUGUUCAAUUUGUUAUUGUUCUUAUUAAAUUGAGUAUAUUCAAAAUUUAUCAACAGUAAAUGUUGUAAGUUGGAGUAGCUCAUAGCCUACUCAAAUAAAAUCAAUCUUUAAUAGAUGAAAUACAGCACAAAACAAUGUACAACCAACAAUUAAAAAUUGCCAAAAAUUUUACAUUACCAAAGAGUUGACUUGGGUGACACUAGGUGGCAAUACUGUAUCCAUUGAUCACAGCUAAUUCCGUCUCUAAGAAGUUAAUUUUUGUUAUAAAUUAUAAUUUAAUGUGAUUAUCUUUUUAUUUCUGCCGCUAAAAGCUGUAUUAACGCAUACAAUUAUAGAAUAUGAAAGAAAAUUCCUAAACAGCAAUCAAAAUUAUCAGCCAACAAUAUAAUAUCUCUGUGAGAGAUUUUCUUGAAACACUCUUUUCCCAUUAUUCAGUUUAUCGUUUUCGUUUAUCAUAUUGUUGUAAAUCCUGGUAACGAACAUAAUAUCAUGUAAUCGAACCAUUAAGCCCUGUUUACAUAUUAUAAUUUGCUUAACUAUUUAAUUAUAUUUAUUCAAAAAUAACUAAUAAAGCUUAGUGCAAAAAAUAUUGGAAAUUAAAUAUUAAAAAAUUUCAGCUGUGCAAUGAAAAGAUCACUCGAUAAUUUCAUUCAUAGCUUAUUUCUGAGGACCAAAUUUCAUUAUCGUAUCUCGUUUCCAUUUUGAAAUAUUCAUUAUUCAGUUUAUGAAAACCUAAGAUUUAUUUUUGACGCUAUCUUGUCAAUGUUUAAUUGUUCAAUAAAGAAUCCAUGAAUUUCUAACAAAAUUAAAGUGUCCAAGUCAAUUCGCCAUUAGACGUUUAAAUACUAGCAAAUUAACGUGAUUUAUAAUCAAAACGAAUACCUUUGCUCUAAGCUUUAUUAUUAACCAAUAUUUUUAUUUCUCACCUAUUAUACGAUCCUCUCUAUCGGACUAUUUUGAAAUGUGUUGUUAGAUUUACUCUUAAUGUCGAGUAUCUCAUCCUUAUUAUUGUAAUAGGUAAGACUCUGUAACCAAAGUGUAUAACAAGGAAUCAAGUGAAUCGCCAUUAAAUUAAAUUUGCUCUUACUUUGAUGGUUACCAUUUUGAUAUGAAAGCAAAGUUUAAUGGUACAAUUUAUAUCAAACAAAAAAAGCGAGAAAAGUUAAAUUGUUAUCUAAUUUUCACCAUUACAUUAAACUCAAUUGUAUUAACUUUAUUUCAAUCGUAAUGAGAUUAUUAAAUUGAAUGCAUCAUAAAUUCAAGAUGGAUAUUAUUUUAAUGGUGACAAUUUAUCUUCAAAUAUUAGCCCCUAACAGAGUCAAAAACAGUCAACCUGGUUGGUCCUUAAAAGCAUUAUUUUUCACCCAAAAAAGCUAAGGAAAAAAAGGAAGAAGAAUAAUCAUUUCUAGUCAGAAAAUGAUGAAAAAUCAAUUGACACGCAGCAAUGAUCUUAAUUCAAGGCACUAAUCAAGAGCAAUUUAAUUUCCACUAGAAGACCCAACCUAAACUGUUUCAACCCAAAAGAAGGAGAAAGAAAAGGCAAAAAUUUCUGGUAAUCUCCAGAAUCCAAGGGAAACCAUAACCAAUCACUGUCCAACCAUUAACACCAGACAAUCACAAUUAUUACAAUGAACCCACUUAACUGCUGUCUCCUUGUAUCAUCUGUUAAUCACAAAUGAUUAAACCUAAACAUUUAGCUGGACAAACGAACCAUUGAAAGCAACUUAACCAAGUAAACGCAGGUUAAACAAAA